GUUGUACUCGACCUCCGUACUGAUGCAUUCGCACACGAUCAACUGUACACAGUGCUGUCCAAGGUGCGGAACCGUCACGACAUUCCGGCAUUGUUUUCAGGCACGAAUGAAGAAAGGGAGACGGAGAACAUAAUUUACUCUUCAUUACUGCUGCAA